AUGAAAAAGGAAAAACAAAAAUUCAAUCUUGGUAAGCCACUACCGUUACUAUCAUUGCAACACCGACAGCAACAACAGCAGCAACAUCCCCAGCAACAAACGCAACGGCAACAAUACCUAGUACCGGAACAAUCACAAGAACCACAGUAUAUACCACGAUCAACAAUUGGAGAACAACUAUCACAGAGAUACACAGAAAUACGACUUCAAAAUCAACCACAACCACAACUACCAAUACUACCACAAUCGCAACAACUGAUAGCGCUAGCAUCACACCCAGAACCUGAACCUGAACCUGAAAGGCAACCGACACCGGAACCACAACAGGCAGAACCGGCACCAUUACACUACCCACGCAUACGACAACGAUAUAAGGGACCAAUAUAUGGAAAUCGAACAUAUUCCACAAAUCCUUCAUAUACCCAAGAACGAUUACCCUCAUAUCAAACCGAACAACAACAACAACAACAGCAAUACCAAAGCGAAGAGGAACAAGAGCAAGAACAUGAAGAAUUCAAUUAUUCAAAUACGUCAAUNCAAAGCGAAGAGGAACAAGAGCAAGAACAUGAAGAAUUCAAUUAUUCAAAUACGUCAAUAGAACCAAUCCCUCCAUCAUCUUCAAAAACCACUACCAAUACCGGAUUUCAAUCCAAUGGAAGGAUUGAAAAAUCAAUAUUAUCAAAUAUUAUUAGACCACAUAGAUUGAUUAGAAGUUCUGCUGGGGGGAGUAUUGAUUCAAGACUUAAAUUUUUACAAAAACGACAUAACUAG